AUGUCGAAUAUGUUCUACAUCAUCGAUGCCAAGACCCUGAAGGAAAGACAGAGACUGGAAUGGUUUUCUGAGUCGGGUCCUCAGAACCUCUGUCAGAUGAAGGGGAAGUCCACGGAGGAAUGCCAGAACUACAUCCGAAUCCUGGUGCGGAAAAACGAGGGGGAGCUCCUCGUGUGUGGCACCUAUUCCUACAGCCCUCGGUGUCGGGAAUACAUCCUCAAGGAUGGGGGUUCGUGGGUAGUGAAGGAAGGAGCAGAGGACAUCCCGGCCAGGGGUCUUUGCCCCUAUGACCCCUGGCACAACUCCACUGCCAUCUAUGCUGAUGGUGAGUUGUACGUGGGGACAGUGACGGAUUUUUCUGGCACGGAUCCCCUUAUUUACAGAGCGCCCCUCCGAACCGAGCAAUACGACCUCAAUCACCUCAAUGCCCCUGAUUUUGUGAGUGCCUUGGACUACGGGGAACACGUCUACUUCUUCUUCCGGGAGAAUGCCGUCGAGUAUAGCAACUGUGGGAAGGCUCGGUAUUCACGAGUGGGUCGGGUGUGCAAGAAGGACAAGGGCGGGGCUCAUUCCUUCACGUCUCGGUGGACUUCCUUCCUUAAGGCCCGCCUCAACUGUUCCAUACCUGGGGACUUCCCUUUCUACUUCCACCACAUCCAGUCCACGAGUGGUCUGGUGAAGGGAGUGUACGGGGAGAAGGAAUCUGAGGUGAUGUACGCGACGAUGACGACGGGCCGGAACGAGUUAUCCGGGUCCGGAGUGUGUGCCUUCCCACUCAGGGCGAUCCUGGACGUGUUUGCUGGUCCGUUCAAGGAACAGGCCACUCCGGACUCCGCUUGGAUCCCCGUUAAAAAGAAGAAGGUCCCAGAGCCCCGGCCGGGCCAGUGUGUCGAGGACUCUCGGACCCUCACCGACGUCACGCUCAACUUCGUCAAGAGUCAUCCCUUGAUGGACGAGGCCGUUCCCAACAUCUUCUCCCGUCCGCUCGCCCUCCGCACCUCCUUCAGAUAUCGUUUCACGAAGAUAGCCGUGGAUCCUCAAGUUCAGACGGCUGAUGGGAAGGCCUACGACGUCCUUUUCGUCGGCACAGACGAUGGAAGGGUAUUGAAAGCGGUGAACGUGUUGGCAUACGACCGGGUGGACGAUGUCCGAUCCGUGGUCAUCGAGGACCUACAAGUCUUCCCCCCUGGGACCCAUGUAGAAAACUUGGAGGUCCUACACUUCUCCAAGGAAGACACCCCUCAGGUCAUUGCCGUCUCUGCCGAUGAAAUUUUCUCCUUCCCAGUUCAUCGCUGCUCCCAGGUCGCCAAAACCUGCAGCGAUUGUGUGAAGCUGCAGGAUCCGUACUGCGGUUGGGACCUGAAGCAAGGACAGUGCGUUGCCGUGUCGUCCGGGGCCGUCUCCGGGUCCCAUGGGGUCAUACAGAAGGUCUCCGCUGGUGUCUCCUCUUCCUGCCCCGACUUCGUGUUUGAGGAGUCUCUGGAGGACUUGACCAAGCGCCCCACCUCCUCUCCUGCCUCACCCGCUUGGGCUCCCGGGCGGAAGGACUGGGAGACGAACGAAAUUCCGACCGAGAAUGACGUCCACCAGCAGAGUCGCACGACCGGGACGUUGUACAUGGCAGUAGAAGAAGACGUGAAAAGGAAAGAGAGGUACAGUUCGGAGACGUUUGCGAUCGCCGUGACGACGGCGUGCGUCGCUGCCCUCAUCGUUGGGUUCGUCUCAGGGUACGGGUUCUCUCGGAGAUGCCGAUCCGAUGAUCUCGACUCCUCGUAUGCCGACAUCAGGUUCCCGGCGGAUGGAGGAUUGAUGAACCAUCAUCCCCACAACCACCACUUGAUGAACCACGUGGAUGCCCAACCGAACAUCAACAACAAAAGCAUUAACCUCGUCCUGAACGUCCCGGCCAAGAACCCGAACGGGAAGAAUCCCAACUCGGCUGCGGACAACCAGCCCAUCCAGAAAGUGAAAAAGAUCUACUUGUAGACAUGCAAGACACGGUGCCAGUGUUGUUAGACGGAGAAGGAUCUGUGAUAUGACAUCCCCCAUUCCACCUGCAUGCCUAGGCAUAUCAGUCCUUUAUGCACAUGAAAAGCCAAGCCACAUCCAAAGUCAAUCCUUCCCCCCCUCUCUCUCUCUUUUAAGAAUUCGCAUCAUGGUCAGAUUUAUUUCUCGACGAAACUGAAUCAUUGGGCGAUUUCCCAAAAUUUUUAUUCAGAGAAAAUCCAGCGUGCCCGACGUGUUCUGAAGUUUUGAUGUUUUCAUAAUAGUGAUGAAUUUCAUGAGAGUUGAGUUUGACGGAAUACGUUUGAUCUACCUCAAGAGAUAGAGUAGAGCCCAGUGAGAAAGAGAGGAUGGGAAGGAGGAGUAGCGGGAAGAGAGGACAAGAGUUGUCCCUUCUCGGUUUGUCUGUGAUCCGGCCGAGCCGUUUUUUUGCCUCCAUUUUCGCUGAGGCUUAGCAUAAAAGCAAAACAAAAUUUCCUGCCUCUUAGGAAAAGUUUUCCUUCCAGUCUCUUCGUCUUUUUGUAUUCUUUGCUUUUCCUUCAAUUUUUUCUCGGUUUUUCCUUCUCCCUUUCUGACUUUGCCUUAGGGAGUGAGUUUGUUGUUUUGUUGCCUUGAAGAAGUGAGAAUCUCGUGGCAGCCGUUGAUCUCAACAGGAAGAUCUCAUCAGGAUGGCUGACCGUAGCGCAGUAGCACAAAAUUUUAUGCAAAUAAAACCACCGAUAUGCGAGAGAAAAAGGAUGAAAUUCCAAAGAAUUCCAUCCGAAGGCGAACCCCCUGCGUUGGAGCCACGACCGCGUCUUUUGUGAGAUUGUGAAUGAGUGUCGAGUGCGAGUGUAUACGAAUUUUGUGACAUUGUUCGAAUAGAUUUUUUUUACUUCUCGAGGGCCGAGAGAGACAGCCUUCUUCAAAGGUCUUUUUCUUAUUUUCUCUCGUUCUAGAGUUUCUUUCUUGCAUGUCUGUGAUGAUGUGGAUAAAAGAAAAGAAGAAAAAAAAAAAACGACUUUCCCUUCCUUCGGUCUUCCACUCGUUAGGAUCUCUCUCGGUCCCUUGAGAGCCACAGUUGAGAAUAAAAAUGAACUGACGACUUGAUA